AUGCCAAACUUCCUCACGGCAAAACAGGAGAUCGAAGUCAAUACGGCAAUAGCGGAAGCGCCCGGCGUCCCCGCCGCGGUGGGCCGGCUGCUGGGCGGCAGCGACGAAACCGACCGCGACCUCGCGACAACCCUGUUUUCCUGGAUGCUGUACGCUACGCCGCCCGCCGCCGCCGCCGCCGCGGCCGAGGUCGCGCGCCAGCCCGGGGCGCUGCCCGGCCUGAUCGCGGCCGCGGGCAGCGACACGUGCGCGGUGCUCGCGCUCAACGUCUGGCGGCGGCUCGUGGAGGCCGGCGUGGAGAGAGAGGACCUGGCGCGGGGCGUCGCCGAGGCGGGGGCGCGCGGGGCGCUAAGGCGCGUCGCGGGCGCGGCGGGGCGGCUUCUGGCUUCUGAUGACCCCGCGAAAGACGAAGAUUUUUCUGCGGUUGCCAAUGGGCUUGCUGCGCUGUGCCGGCACGAGCCAGCCGCGGCCGCGGUCGCCGCCAACGCAGGAGUGAUGAGCGCGCUCAGGCGCGCGCUGCGCAGCAGCGCCCGGGCCAAAGCCGGCAUGAGGCUGCUGCUCGCGCUCAGAUCCCACAGCACGAGCGCGCCCGCAGCCGGCUCGCGGCGCGACGGAGGCAAACACUGCAGCGGCGGCGGUGACGGCGGCGAGGGUGGGGGGACCAUGCGCGACCCACAGCUCUUGGUCGAUGUCGUGCGCGCCGCCGCGUCCGAGGACGUGAGGGUGUGCCUGCUCGCCUUCCGCUUCAUUGGCUACGGCGAUGGCGUGUGGUCGGUCCCUCUGAUGGCUCCUGUCGCGGUCUCUGCGCUGCGCAAGCUGUACUGGGAACUCACAGAGAGGGCGAGCCUGCUGAUGUGUCGUCCCUUGACGCCCGCCACCGCUGCCACGCUGCUCGCGCUCGGCGCCUCGGACGCCCUGUGGGCCGCCGCCGCCGCCGCCGCGACCGCCGCCGCGGCCGCCGCUGCCCAGCUGCUUGCGCUCGACGCCUCGGAAACUCUGCGCGCCGCCUCCGCUAAAGUCGCCGCCGCCGCCGCUGCCAUCUCUGCCAAGCUGCUCGCGCUCGGCGCCUCGGACGACCUGCGCGCCGCCAGCGCCGCCGCCGAGAAUGCCGCCACCGCCGCUGCCAAUGCUGCGGCCGCCGCCGCCGAGGCCGCCGUCGACCUUGCGGCCGCGGGAGGCGGCCCUGAGCGCAAAGCUGAUUGGUCCGCUGCCUUGCGGGCGGCGGUCGCGGCCAUCAAGCUGCCCCUUGAUGCAGCAGCGAGCGGCGCCGGUGGCGGGGGACCCGCGCCCCCGGCGGACGCGCCGCCCUGGGCGCUGGACCUCCUGGCAUCGGCGCUCUCCGGGGCGUGCGGCGAGGCGUGCGCCGCGAAGGCGCUGGAGGUGACGGGCGGCGCCUCGCCUGGCGUCCUCGCGGCGCUGGCCCGCCAUCCCGGGCUGCUGCGGGGCGUCGGCGCGUUUGUGGGCGCCUGCGGGGACGCGGCUGCUGUGGAUUGGGGCCUGAAGCUGGUCAGGUCAAUGGCAAAGCUGGAAACGGCGGAGCGCGCUGGCGACAAAACGGAGGGUGACGGCGCUGGCGAGCGCAGCGGGCUGGCCGCGGCGUUGGUGGAGCUGCGGCGCUGGCUGAGCAUGCUCUCGCGCGCGCCCGACAGUGCCGUCGCCUUGGAAGCUGCGGAAGGGCUGCUGGCCGCGUGUGACGCGAGCGGCCGGGCAAGUGCAGGUGAUUCCGGCUCGAGCAGGGGCGUCGGCGACGCCUGCGGCAACAACGCCGGAGAGGGUGCCAGCGCAGAGCGUGGCGCCGUGGCCAGCGGUGGUGGUUACAGCAGCGGGGAGGUAGUGGGGUCGGCCGGUGCCAGUACGUCACAGCAGGCGACGGCUGCACCGUCUCCUCAGCGGAAAGGGACGCCCAUGAGGUCGUGCUCAGGUUGCGGCCAGACAGAAGCGCAGCUGGGGCGGGCGCCCAAGGCCUGCGCCGGCUGCCGCCAACAGCAGCAGCAGCAGCAGCAGCAGCAGCAGCAGCAGCAGCAGCAGCAGCAGCAGCAGCAGCAGCAGCAGCAGCAGCAGUAG